UUUUGUGACGUUUAUCGUGAGUCCCCUUUCAUGCCUUUCCAUUUGGAUGAGUCAUCGCGAUCGUUGUUUGUGAAGUUCUUCGGGAUCGGUUUUAUUAUUCCUCUACAGCACACGUUGGACAACACAUCCGCGUAGAUCGCCAGUCCUUAGAAGCUGAACUUGCUGUGCCAUUGCGGUGCUAGGUCUUUACGGGAUUCUAUGUACAAAAACCGCAUCAACAUGGCAGGGAAUCCAGAGAGGAAGAAGUUGAGGCCAGGCUUAAAACUGACGCCGAUCCGUGUCGACACAACACAGACAGACAACUCCCGGCCGCCGGGCAAUCUGGACAACCAGGCGACGCUCAGCAUCAGCGGCAAAGGCAACUUUGUGGUGCGAGCCGAGGACUUGACAGACAUCGCCGAGUUGGGGAAGGGUGCUUACGGCGUUGUCAGCAAGGUCGUCCACACUCCCAGCAGCACAACCAUGGCAGUUAAGAGAAUACGAGCUCAGGUCAACAAGCUGGAAGACAAGCGGAUCCUGAUGGACAUGGACGUGUCCAUGAGGAGCUCAGACUGUCCCUGGACUGUGGAAUUCUACGGGGCAUUAUUUCAAGAGGGAGAUGUCUUGAUAUGCAUGGAGGUUAUGGACACUUGCCUAGGGAAAUUCCAGACCAAGAUUAAAAGCAUGGACGUCCUCAUACCCGAAGACAUCCUCAGUAGAAUAGCAUUCUCGAUUGUGAGCGCGUUGCAUUAUCUGCAGACAGAGUUGAAGGUCAUGCACCGAGACGUGAAGCCCUCCAACGUCUUGGUCAAUCGCAACGGCAGGAUCAAGAUGUGCGAUUUUGGGAUCAGCGGCCGGCUCGUCGACUCUGUUGCCAAGACGAUUGAGGCUGGCAGCAAACCGUACAUGGCGCCGGAGAGAAUAGAUCCGGAUAUAACGGGCAAUGCAAAAGGGUACGACGUCAAGUCAGACGUGUGGAGUCUCGGAAUAACGAUGUAUGAGCUAGCAACAAAUGAGUUUCCAUACGAGAAGUGGGGGACGCCCUUCGCCCAGCUGAAGCAAGUUGUCAAAGAACCCUCGCCCAAACUUCCCGGGGGGAAAUUCUCAGCGGAAUUAGAAGACUUCGUCGAUCAGUGCCUAAAGAAGAAUUGUUCUGAAAGACCAACGUACACAAGACUUAUGAGGCACACAUACAUCUCAACGCAUAGCGGAGUCAACGAUGGAGAUGUAGCGACAUUCGUCACGGGUGUGUUGGACACGGCGGCAACGAAUUAAACACCACCUUCCACUAGAGAAAUCCCCACAAAACCCCUUGAAUAACUAGCAGGUUUUAAAAACUUAGGCUUCAUUCCGGCCGUGGCAUCUUCUCUGACUUAAUACUUACUGAAGCCGCAGCCAGAGACAAACGGAGAUUUCAAAAACACCCCACAUCCUAAGUAUGCAGAAUACUCGAACAGUUACCGACGGCCAUGAUGUAAAACAGUAUUUAUGAACCUCAUUUGCUUACAAGGUUGACAUAGUAUCAUUUUUUUUAUGAAAUGGAACUCAAACAGUGUCUGAAAAUCUUUUCGUUUUGGAGGAAAUG